ACACCAGAAACUCAUGUGGUUACAAGUGCUCCGAUCAACUUUCAAAUAGAAUGGCCAAAAUAAUACAGAAAUAUAUAAAGUUCACCGCGCAAGAGCUGGAACAGUAUGCUGCCAACCCCGAGUCAUGUGUGCGUUGCAUUCAAACAGAUCUACACCUGUCCAUGGGUCCAUAUGGCAUGGCCAAUUUCAAGCACGCGCUGCACGAGCUGCUCAUCCGCACCAAGGUGGGCAUGUAUGAUGCCAAGCUGAAUGGCAUCGUGCUGGGUAUUAAGAACAUCAAGGUGCUGAGUCAGACGGCAGCGUUACGCUCCGAUGAUCCAGCGCUGCACUUGGCCAUUAAUGCCGAUUUCUAUGUGUUCAGGCCGGUGGAGGGCGCAGUGCUCCAUGGCGUUGUGCGGCACAUAUCCAAGCAUCAGAUCAGUGUCAUCAUCUACAGAGUGUUCAACACAACAAUACGUUUCACGAAUCAGAAGCAAAGUCGAGAUGUCUUCGUCAUGGAUCAGGAAAUCAAAUUUCGAAUCAAGAACUUCAAUAUAGGCACAGUGAUGCCAUACAUCGAAGGCGAACUGUUGCUUGAGGAUACGGAAAAAGUGAACAAAGUGAUCAAAUUUGAGGAUAGCCCGGAGUCUGAGGAAACAGUGAAAGAAACCUCGAUCCAAAUUGAGCUCGAUGCUCUUGUUGAACUAAUUAAAAUGGAGCCAAUUACAGAAGCUGAUGCCCCGCCCAAAAAGAAAAAGUCCAGCAAACGCAGCAGUGCCGUCGAGGCUGAUAAAGUUGAGCAACAAUUGAAAAAACCGAAGAAAAUAAAAACAGAACCCGUUUAGCUCUUAAAACUCUGUGUAGCUUCAACUGUUAAUCGUACAAAUUAUAAAUAAGUGCACAUUUAGAA